GUAGGCCGAGGAGUCUUGAUCAUCCGCAGCGAUGGGAGGGCUGUGCAUCCGGCUGUAGUGACAUGGACCGUAAUGUCAGCUCGCUGAUAGGCAAAAUAGCUGGUUGAACUACACAGAAGGCUCCAGGAUUCUCUCCGCCGUUCACUUGAGAAGCUAGUGAUGGCCCUGGUCGAGGAUUCCAGUACGCACCGUCCGCGAAAGCUGCUCCUACCGUUGGCUAUUCUAUGGGUAGCUCUCGCGUUAUCUCUUCUAGGGCUACCAGCCAUUACGACAGCGGAUUCCCGUGCUCCUAUCGCCUCGUCGUCGGAAGCAUCUUCAUCAGCAGUCGUUUCUCCAGCAGUCGAUAACGCAGCAGCGGCGGCGGUGGCGGGGAAUGGCGGGAAGCAGAUCAACGCCAACGACCAGCUGCUGCCAGACUACUCCGUUCAAGUCGUGCCGGUCAACACAAGCCUCUCCACCACCCAGGCUGCAGCGGCAGUGGUGCAGACGAUGCUGACAGAAAGGGUGGUAGCAGCAGUUGGGCCGAUGACGUCCUCUCAGGCGCACGUGCUCUCAGCCAUCCACACUCAAGUGCAGCUGCCUACAGUCUCCUACUCUGCCACAGACCCCUCUCUCUCCGCCGCCUCCUACCCGUUCUUUGCCCGCACCAUCCGCAGCGACGCCCUCGAGAUGCAAGCCAUAGCAGACCUGGUGGCGCAUUUCAGCUGGCUUGAGGUGAUCACCAUCUACAGUGACGACGACUAUGGCAGGAACGGAGUCAACCAGCUCACCGUGCUGCUCGAUAAGCUGUCCAUAGACGUGGUGAAGAGCAUCCCCGUGCAGCUCGACGCCUCCCUCUCAGACAUCAUCGUGCGCCUGCUAGCCGCUCAGAAGCUGGAGUCAACUGUUUUCAUUCUCCAGCUGAACCUUGAGCUGAUUGUGCCGGUGCUCACAGCUGCGUUGGAGGUGGGCAUGAUGACCCCCGGAUAUGUGUGGAUCGCCACCGAAGGAGUGGUGUCGGAGCUGGAGAACCUACCAGAGCUCUCCACGGAGGGGGUCAUUGGGACGCGCGUCUUCGUGCCGCCCAACGCGCAGCUACCACCCUCUACGCUCUCUUCGCCCAUGACUCUCUCUCCCUCAUCGCCCGCGGCCUCCACUCCGUCCUCUAUCCCAACUCCCCCUCCUCCUCCUACUCCUCCCCUUCCCCUCCUCCUCUUCCUGCUAGCAACGCCAGUGCAAGUGCCAUGGGUAUCGCUGGGAUAAUGGCAGGGGCAGGAGUGGAAAGUACGAAUGCGGGGGUGCAGGGGCUUGAGCAGUGGCAAGCAGUGAGGUUACCAAAGGGAGGAGGUGCUUCUUCCGAUCUAGCCAAAUUGCAAGAGA